AUGUUAUUUGUAGAUCCUUGGGAACAGGAGUAUCCGCAAAUAAUAGAAGAAAUAUUAGAAGAUGGUUACGUACUUAAUUGUAAAUUUAAUCGACGUGGAACCUUAAUAGCAGCUGGUUGUUUAGAUGGACGAUGCGUCGUAUGGGAUUUUGAUACAAAAGGCAUCUCACGUAAUCUAAUUGGUCAUGUGAAAUCAAUAUCCAAUGUAAGUUGGUCACAUAAUGGAAGGUAUUUAUUAACUGCAUCAAAAGAUUGGACAUGUAUUUAUUGGGAUUUAGUGUCGGGUACAAAGAAAACAAAGAUUAGAUUUGAUACCUCACUUAUUAUGGCGCAUAUGCAUCCAAAAAAUAAUAAUCGAUUUGUGGCAGCCUUAUUUCAAGUAAAUCCAGUAAUAGUAGACAUAAACGGAAGUGAUGUUAUAAAGACAGUAUUACCUACAGAACCAGAAAAUAAAGAAGAAUCUAUAAAGUCAACAUCAUUUCUUGUAACUGCAAUAACGUGGAAUAAAACUGGCAAUCGAAUAUAUACCGGAACAUCAAAAGGAUAUUUAAAUAUCAUAGACGUGGAAAAGAAUAAAAUUGUUUAUACAACAAGAAUUACAAAUACAACAAUAAAAGAUAUCCAGUUUAGUAGAAAUGGAAGAGAUAUGUUAAUUAAUGCCAAUGAUCGUGUUAUAAGAUAUUUUCAUGUGGAUGAAGAGAGUGGCAUUCCAGAAUUACGUAACAAAUUUCAGGACUUGGUUAAUAGAAUUCAAUGGAGUAAGAGCUGCUUUAGUUCAGACGGUGAAUUUGUUAUUGGUGGUUCAGGUCAUAAAGCAGAGCAUAAUAUAUAUAUUUGGGAUAAAAAUAUGGGAAACCUUGUAAAGAUUUUAGAAGGACCAAAAGAACCAUUAGAUGAUAUAUCUUGGCAUCCUGUGAAGCCUAUUAUAGCUUCAGUAAGUAGCUUUGGUAACAUCUAUAUCUGGAAUACAAAACACGAGGCUAAUUGGAGCGCAUUUGCGCCUGAUUUCAUUGAACUGGAAGAGAAUUUGGAAUAUGAAGAAAAAGAGGAUGAAUUUGAUGUGGUACCUGAAAAAGAAAAAUCAAAACAAAAAGAGGAAGAUGAAGAUAUUAUAGUUGAUAUAACAACAUGUGAUACAAUUCAGGCUUACAUUGACUCAGACGAUAAUGAAGAAGAUAAAGAGGAACAAGUCCUUUAUUUGCCUACUUUAAAUAUGGAAGAUAAUGAUGAAAUAAGUAGUGAUGAAGAAUUUGCCAAAAAAUCAGUAAAGAAAACAGUAAAGAAAAAGAUAUUGAAAAAGAACAAAAACGUGAAUGAAAGUAUGGACGAACGACCCAAAAAAAUAUUAAAAAAGUAA